CCGCGGCAAUACUCGUCCCGGUCGCGAUAGUAGUUAUUUAAGUCUCCGUUAGAUCGAAUGCUGUUUUAGUUGUUCUGUUAGAUUGCAUCUUGAUAGAAACGAGAUGAAAGCUUCCCUGCUAGGAUUACUCACCCUUUGCGGGCUUAUUUCGUCGAUUGUGGCACAGGAUGCCGCCUGCACGACUCCGGAUCGCAAACCGGGACUUUGCGUGGAAAUCAGUCGCUGCCAAAACAUCUACAGUAUUGUGUCCAGUCCCAACCCGAAUCCGGUGUAUGACAAAUACAUCCGGGCGAUUGCGUGUACCGUGCCGGGUGAAGCUCGCAGUGUUUGCUGUAGACCGUCGGAAGUGGUGGCAAAACCCACGACGACGACCACUCCGGUUGUUCCGGUGAUUCGGGUGGACCAGGAAGACAAGUUGGCACUGUUGCCGGAAGAGUGCGGCAAAACCACCGCCGACCGGAUAUCCCGCGGCAACGUGACCAAAGUGUUUGACCACCCCUGGAUGGUUUUGCUGCAGUAUCGGCACAAGGGUGAAGUUAUCGGGGGUUGUGGUGGGUCGUUGAUUAACGAGCGAUACAUUCUUACGGCUGCGCACUGCAUACGGACGAGAAGUUCGCUUCAGCUGAUCAACGCCCGCCUUGGCGAGCACACGCGCAACAGCGCCAUCGUAGAUUAG